CAUAUGCUUUAAGCUGAAGAAGAGCCAUAUUUUGUUCUUUCCUGUUUGCCCUGCCAUUCAUCACCGGAUGGAGAGAAAUGGGAGGACAGCCGUACCCAAGUUUGGAGGGUGGGACGACAAGUCCGGGAACAGCCCCAGCAAUUACACGGUGAUGUUCUCUGAAGCUCGAGCAAACAGGAAGCAGCAAAAGAAGGACUUUACUCGCCACAGCCUCGGGAACGAGCAAGAGCUUCGUGCCAAACAGCACCAAAUGGAGGUGGAAUCCGUGAGGGAACGCCUAGAGAUCAGGGAUUGCACUAGUUCUGUAAACCUUUGGGCUAAUUGCUCGUGCUUUAUUGCAAAUAAGACUUUUGUUGCAAAAUGUGGAAUCACCCACUCGAGUGCCCGUGCCUCCACCGUACAUCCCAAAGAUUGUGGAGAAGAUGCCCAGGUACAAAGCAUCCUCUUGUGUGAGAGGAACCUUGCAGCAAAGCUGCCAUCCAAAUACCAAUUCGGCUUAUGCUUGUUGCCCGUGAAGGUCAAAUAGGACUCUUUUAGGGAGGGAAGGUGUAUCAUUUUUAAUACUCCCUCUGUCCCUCCCUCUGUAUCUUAGUCACUUUGACUAUUCACAAGGUCACACUAUAUAUUUUUUCCUUAAUAUUUUCAUUGAUCAUUUGUUUAAAAUAGCAUAGCCAUUUCAUGGCUUCUUGUUUUGUAGAGCUUUUGAUCUAGGUUUUAAGUAUAUUAAUUUUAUUUUGUAAUUCUACACCAAUAUUUAGAUAAAAUAAGUUGAAAGUAACUUUAAUCAAACAUCGUAAACCUU